UGUAAAUUAAACCUAAAACCUUGAAGAAUAUCAAUAAGAUUGGGACCAGUCUUGUCAUGUUUAUCAGCUUUCACUUUCACUUUGAAAAUCCCCGAGUCAGAGCUCACUGAUGGGAGGAUCCGAAGCUGAGGCAUUAUAAAGACCUGCCCAGCUUUGUGUUCACAUCCAUCUGAAGAAGCGAGCCCGAACUGCCAAGAUGAUCGACACAGACGUUGCUCUUGAAGCUCUGAACGUGCUCUGCAGUGCCGGAGUAACGGCUGCUCACAGACAAGGAUCAGGAUCAGGAUCAGGAUCUGCGGCAGCAGACAUCAGUGGAGGAGCAGCUCAGCUGCAGCAGGGCAUGAGGGAGCUGUCAAUCAGGCACCUCAUCCCUUUAGUCCUAUUUGGUGAUCACAGCAGUAUCCAAGGAUACACAGGACCAGAUCAUUUUAGGCCUGUAUUGCGGGUCGACUUGCCAAAGGACUUGAGCAAGGAUAAAAAAACAGGAGAGAUUGAAAUCAGCCCGAAUGCCCAGUGGUCCAAGAAACACCUGGACCCAGGCUUCGACUACGAUUUCACCAACUUGAAAGACAGUGGGAAAUAUUACAGAGGUGGGGAGCAGUAUGAACGCCCGUGUGGUUGGAAACGAUUUGCCCUCAAGGUCUUGGACGAGUAUGAAGACAACACCUGGCUGGGAAACAAUUAUCGCAGCACAGAGUCGGUGCCCGGGGAGUGGCCUGUGUCCUACCACGGGACAGCAGAGAAAUGUGUUAAACCCAUCAUCGAGGAGAACUACAAGGCAGGCGGUGGGCAGGUUUAUGGCCGGGGCAUUUAUUGUACUCCAAAAGUUGCUGUUGCUGAAGAGGAAUACUCCGUGGAAUUUAAGUCGGAGAAGACGAGUGGGAAGUUCAAAGCCGUUCUGCAGAAUCGUAUCAACCCAAAGUACAGAAAGAUAUGCAAGCGCAAGGACUACUGGCUUGUGGAAUUCCCCAAAAACGCAACACCUGAAGAGGAGCAUGAGAUCGUAAAAAAGGCCAUCCGUCCUUAUGGCCUUCUGUUGAAAGAGAUCUGAGAGAUGAUCAUUAGUUUUGGUUCUUUUGGUGAGUCUUAGUGAGUCUUUGAAGCAUGCCUUUAGUUCUCAGUGCAAAAAUACUCUUACAUAUUGCUUGUAGAUGAAUAUGUGAAUGGAUAUCACAGUUACGUAAAUUAAAUAUAUAAAGUCUGCAUGCUGAAUGGAGGGAUGAAAUGUUUCAAUGAACAGGGAGAACCCAAAGGCAGGACAGAGAUGUGAUGUGUAAAAGAUUAAUGGCAUUGUAAGUGGCAUAAUGUACUUCCAUGUUUAAUGGUUUUAAUGGACCCACUUAAUAUCUGUGUAAGCUGAUCUGAGCAGAUAAAG